UCUCUCCCCCACUCUAGCAAAUGGAUAAAGGACAGAGUCGGCUGCUUUAGGGAUUCGAAUCUGAAUUUUUCUUCGAUUAUUUUCACCAUGGAUGGAGAGGAGAUGCUUGAUUGGGAGCUCGUUCACGGCCCCGACACCGAUUCAAUCACAUCGGAGAAGGAAUCAAGUGUAAUCGAUGACGGUAUGAUUGUCUCUGAUCAUUUCUCUGCCGAUCAUCCUACAACUGAGCAAAGCAUAGGAUCUGGUGAUUCUUCUCGGGUCGAUUACGGAUCAGAGUAUCCGAAUCCGGUGGUUUUGGGCUUCGAUCAGUUGGAUGUUUAUCAAUCGGGUGUCAGAAACGAAUUAAGGUUUAUUGAUGGUGAGGUCAAGGUGAGUGAUUUUCAACCUUCUGAUGAGAAUAACAUCAUGGGCGAAGGUGUUCACGAUGAAUCUCUUAUCGAGGAUGCGAGCAAGUGUUCGCCCGAAAUAGACAAUCUCCAAGUUGAGAGCCAAGCUGGUGUUGAAGAACAUAUCGAGGAUGCAAGCAUGUGUUUGUCCGAAACAGACAAUCUCCAAGUUGAGAGCCGCCAAGCUGGUGUUGAAGAACAUAUUGAGGAUGUGGGCAAGUCUUUGUCUGAGUCAGAGGGUAACGAACUAGUUUCUGGAGAUUCUGGGAAUGGGAGUGGUGAAGAGGAGAUUGUUUCUGAUAGUGAAGCAGUUGAGGGAAGUGGAGGGGAUACUAGUGCACAUGUUGUGGCCGUAGAUUCUGCUUUUGUGAGAUCUGGUGAUGAGGGUAAAAAAAGUAGCGAGACAGUGUGGUGGAAGAUGCCGUUUGUGCUUGUCAAGUACUAUGCAUUGAGGAUUGGUCCUGUUUGGUCUGUCUCUAUGGCUGCAGCUGUGAUGAGUUUUGUUCUCUUGGGACGCAGACUCUAUCAUAUGAAAAAGAAAGCUCAAAGGAUCCAUCUUAAAGUUGCAAUCGACGAGAAGAAGGUGUCGCGGGUGAUGAGUCAGGCGGCUCGACUCAAUGCGGCAUUCUCAGAGGUAAAAAGGGUCCCAGUGAUCCGCCCUGCUCUGCCAUCUCCUGGCGCAUGGCCGGUUUUGAGCCUUAGAUGAGAAGCCGAUUGAUUAUCCAAUGUCUCAUAAUGUUAUGAACCAGAGGAGUAGAGAGACACGUACAUGUGUGUACAGUGUGACUCAUCAUGUUGUGUACUAAAAGAAUAGAGAUUUAUGGUGUUUAUGAUGAUGUUUCUAUCAUUUUGAUGCA